AAGUAAAGAAGUGUUUGAUCUUGUGUUAAGAUGGAAAGUCCUUCAUGUUAGUCAGUGUACAAGUGAGCAAAGGUCACUCAGACCUCCUGUGGACGUCUGUUUACGUCAUGCUCUACUAUAGUUUGGAAAUGCACCAUUAAUUUCAGCAUGCCCCUUUUGGAAAAUUGGUGAUAUUAUGAAAACACUAGAUGUUAGUGAUGCAUCCUCUCUUCAUUUUGUGUCACAACCUGACAAGAAGUUCCAGGUAAAGGGGAACAAGACUGGUCACUGUGAUUCUUUAUUUUACAUACUAAUAAUAUGCAUGAAUCUUCCCAGGUUACUGCAAAAUGCACUCAGGUAGGUCUAAUAUUGAGAAUGCACAGUCUGCUUAGAGGGAACAAAGCAAAUGUAAAACCUGUACAGUAAGCUAAAAGAAAGUAUUAUAUAAGUAAGUUCAUUUAGGAGUUGGAGUCAGUGUUCAAGUCCUCUUUUUUAAGGUGAAAGUAUCAGUACCACAAUGGAAUAAUAGCCAAUUGGAAGUCCUGCAUUAAAAAUUUUACCAAAAAAUAAUUAAAGUUAUUAAAAGUAAAGUUAUUUGCAGUAAAUUGAACAUGAGCAACAGAUAUGGAAAUAGAAGAAAGACGACCUUUUAUGAGAUAUGAAAAUUGCUUUGAACCUCCAGGAUACAUAUCUGUCACACUGAUGAACAGUUUCAUGUUCUCAUGUUUGACAGAAAAACCUGAUCUAGCUGCCUUCCACCCGCGACUUCUUCACAUAAUAACAUCUAUGUACUAUCUUCAACAUAAUACUGCAGGCUGCUUUUGAGACGUACACAUCGCCCUGUGUCCAGUAACACAAAACAGCAACAUAGACUUCUUCCUUCAGCCUGUCAUGGCACCAGGUCCCAUAGAACAGCACACACUUUAUGUCGGGAGAUUCUUAAUGGCGGCAUAAUAAGAGUCAUGUGGAUCUCUUCCCAAGAGGAGGCUGGAAAAAACAUUGUAAGAAUGUCUCUGUGGGUUGGGAUGGAGCUGUGUUAGUCGACCUAUGAAGACCGGGUAUGACAACAAUUAGUCCUGAGGGGAUGGUUGAGGACAGAUCACACCACAACGAGACUCCAUUUGAGUAGGAAUCUGACCUGAGCAGAGCAUUCAACAUCACGACUAUGAAGCCAUUUGUUGUCAUUUAACCUUCUGCAUGGCAAAUGGUGAGAAUUUACUUAUGUUGUCACUGAAUUACAAAACUGGGCAUGUGUGCAUCUUUAUUCACACGGUAUUUAAUGAUUGCAUGUGCUAAAGACUAAUUAAACAAAGAAAGUGUAUCUUUUGUGUAUCUCCUUGAAAUGCCGGGAGAUUUAUUGUUUUCUAAAGGUCAUCAUGUGCAAGAAUCUCCUGGAGGGUGUUUGAAAAGCUUCACGGUUUCACAGCUCUUUUAAAAUGCGGGGUGAAGUUUUGUUCAUGCCACAAGAAAAUUAGAUUUCAGUCACGCAGCAACAAACAAACUCCUUGUGAGGACCCCAGGAAAGUAUCUGCUGGCCUGGUAGAACAUUCAAAACUGAUAGAAAAUGUUGUUCGUUGUUUAUCUACAGUAAUCCGGAUGAAAGCAUGUACAAACACGCAUGUUUUCUGAAGUGCAGUGAAGCGUCGCGGGGUCUCACUAUCAUGAGCUCGCCAAAAACAUCCGCGCCCUUUGUAACGAUCAGCCUGACAGUAUGGUUUAUUAUGCUGCUGGUCUGCCCUGGUCAACUGAGAGCGCGGCUUGGGACUACCCCCAACAUUAAACACAUUGUGGUUGGAAGGUGUUACAAUUACAUCACACUGGUUAACCCAAGCUUGAGGUUUGACUGUGAGGACAUCUGGAGACAGUUUGAGGAGGCGGUUGUCGGUCAGUCGUCGUGUAAUGUGACAGUGGAGGAUUACGAUCAGAUGUUUUUUGCAAUGCCACAAACCCGGCCUUGUGAUAGGUUCCUCUUCUGGAGUAAAACCAGGACACUGAUGCACAGCUACGCAGCUGUUGUACGUCACUUCUGGACCCUGGAGGACACACUGGCUGGGUACAUGUUCAACGACCUCAUCUGGUGUGGACAAGAGGAAGACUCCGGUUUUGAUUUCAGUUCUUGUCCCGAGUGGUCAGCAUGUAGAAAUCAUCCAGUGUAUUCCUUGUGGAGGCAAGCCUCACAAAGCUUUGCAGAAAUGGCAUGUGGCAACAUCACUGUAUUACUGAAUGGGUCUAUUGUCAACGCCUUCAAUAGGAAAAGCAUGUUUGGGAGUGUUGAGCUGGACGGUCUGAACCCAGCCAGGGUGGAUUAUGUCAAUAUAAAGGUGGUGACCAAUCUAGGGGGACCCUUCAUAGAAUCAUGUAGUGAAGGAUCCAUUGUAGAUUUGAUCCAGAUCCUCCAUUCAAGAGGUUUCCGCUGGACUUGCACAGACAACGACCAGACCCUGAUGAUCCUUCAGUGCAUCCACAACCCCACAGAGUCCUCCUGCCAAAUAUGUUCAGACAGCCUCUUACGCAGAAGGAGCCUCACACUUAACUAAAUCACCCACAGACCUUCCAUGUAGUCAGACCUGGUAUGUCAGUGAAGUGCAUUAAAUAAAACUGGCUGCUCAAAA